UCUGGAUAUGAGACACAGAAGAUGGGGGAUUGGAAUUUGCUUGGCAGUAUCUUAGAAGAGGUACAUGUUCACUCAACAAUCGUUGGAAAAAUCUGGCUCACCAUUCUUUUCAUUUUCCGGAUGCUGGUUCUCGGUGUGGCGGCAGAGGACGUUUGGGACGAUGAACGCAGUGAGUUUGUGUGCAACACAGACCAGCCCGGGUGCACCAACGUCUGCUAUGACCAGGCUUUCCCCAUCUCUCUCAUACGGUACUGGGUCUUACAAAUCAUUUUUGUGUCUUCUCCUUCUCUGGUAUACAUGGGGCAUGCACUCUACCGAUUGAGGGCGCUUGAGAAAGAGAGGCACAGAAAGAAAGCCUUUUUGAAAGCAGAGUUGGAGGGAAUCGAGGGUGCUCAGGAGGAACUCAAAAGGAUCGAGAGAGAGUUGAGGAAGCUGGAAGAGCAGAAGAGGGUAAGGAAAGCGCCACUUCGGGGAUCCUUGCUGCGUACAUAUGUUUUCCAUAUCUUGACCAGAUCAGUGGUGGAAGUUGGUUUUAUAAUUGGGCAAUAUGUUCUGUAUGGUAUAGGACUUGAUCCUCUGUAUAAAUGUGAGAGGUUUCCUUGCCCUAACAGUGUAGAUUGUUUUGUGUCGAGACCAACUGAAAAGAACAUUUUCAUGGUCUUCAUGCUUGUCAUUUCUGGUGUUUCGUUAUUCUUGAACCUCCUUGAGAUAUUUCACCUUGGGGUGAAGAAAAUCAAACAAAGUGUGUAUGGAAGUAGUAAAUAUGGAGACGAAGACAGCAUAUGCAGAUCCAAGAAAAACUCCAUGGUGCAGCAGGUUUGUGUUCUUACCAACUCCUCGCCCCAGAGGAUGGUUCAGCUCACCCAGACGGCCUACACAGUGGUUCCUGGUGGCCAAUCAGAUGCUGUGGCCGUCUACAUGCCCACAGCCACCCCUCAAACCCAGAACGGAUCUGACCCACAGCCCCGGCAGCUGAGACUUCCCAGUCAGGCAGAACUCCACUCUCUGCGGCAGUACGGGGCGGUGGAGCGCCGCUACACCCUGGACAACAGGAACCACUCAUGCAGCAGCGAUGACUCCAACGGCCCCAAGGGUUCAGGACACCCACAGCACUGCGGAGCACAGCCUCGGGCCUCUCUGAGGGCCAGCCACAUGGAGAUACCGGCAGCCCUGAGGAACUCGCAGCGCAAACAGAGCAGAGUCAGCGCUUGCAAGGACUACAGUGACAUGAGCGACUCUCCGGACAGCGGGCACUACCCCACAGCGAGGAAGGCCAGUUUCAUGUCCCGUGGACUCUCUGAGAGCAAGCUGGCCAGUCCGCUCGACAGCCCUGGUUCUGGGAGCAGCCCGGACACGGAGGCCAAGAGACUAGCGCAGGGGGAGAGUCCUCCUAUGACUCCACCUCCAGCAAGCGGACGGAGAAUGUCCAUGAGCAUGAUUCUGGAGCUGUCUUCAAUCAUGAAAAAAUGAAACGACGCCUGGACCAGAACGACCAAACACUUAGGAAUACAGUACACUUAUCGCAAAGCAACACUCCCCUUUCUUAUUUGCCAUAUUUAUUCACAAUGACCUACAUACAGUAUUGUGGAUGAGCAUUGACAGCUUCAAUUUUCCUUUUGUGGGUACGUACCAAAAAGAGCACAUUUAGAUUUCUUUGUCACUUCUUUGCAAACAAUAUCUGCAGUAUCAGAUCUAAUUGUUUUUUUUCUUGUUGUAUAAUUCUACUUUUUUAUAUUAGGUAUAUGCAAGCCACUUGUUUUUUUGUAGAAUGUUUUGCACACUUCAAAACAACAUGUUACUCAAAGAGUAAAACAGAAAAUAGCCACAUCCAAUUCAAUGAUGAGUUGGUGAAUGAAUUAUAUCUUUACAAUUUUGGGUGAUGCCAAAAUGGUCAGAGGUGCAGAAGUGCAGAAACUUAACUGCACAAAAACAAAACAAGAACAAUAUGUUGGUUAUCAUUAGUGCCAUACCCAGAGGAACUGCAUUCUCAUAAAAUGAGAUCAAAUCUAAUAGUAGCAGUUUAUAGGUAAUAACUUCUGUGACGUAAAACAUCACAUUAUGAUGAUAUUGUUUAUCGUAACAAUUGAUAUGAGAGGAAAAAGGGCUCCCUGGAUCCUUAAGAUGUUUUUAAAGGUGAUUUGGAAUAUCUUGCUCCUUUCUAGUGUUUUUAGGUCACUUUAUAUGCCUUUUUCUAUUAAAAGUAUUUAGCUUCAUUAUUUAUCCUUUUUCUUAUUUGACUCAAUGUUUUGUUGGUGGAUGAAGUGAAACAGAAUAGUUGGGUAUUUAUUAAUACUAAACACUUGUUUGCAUCGAAAAUACUUUCAUAAAAGAAUAACAAAAUGA